AUGAUCUUAGGAUUUGAAGAAAAAGAAAAAGUUUCAAAAAGAAAAUCAGCGACAAGAAAGAAAAAUAUUUCACAGCUCGUAAAAAAUAAUGAUCAGAUAAAGCUUGAAGCUGUUUUGGCUUCUGUCGGACUUCAAUAUGGCGUGUCUGUGAAAGAUUUAUCAAGACAGAUUGCAGAGGACUUUAUGAGGUCAGAUCUGGAAAGGCGUUUAUGUAUUUCAUUUCAUUUCCUGUCGACUUAUCUUGGUAUAUUGAGUGUGAAAACUCAAAGGGGGGAAAUUGAUAAGUAA